AUGGAGCAAUUCUUGGCAGCUCAGAUGCAACUCUUGCAGAACCUCACCGCUACUGUUGCAAACAUGCAAGCACAACAGAACCAACAAGCACCUCAUGCAGCCCCGCAGCCUAGAGACAAGCACAGAGACUUCAUGAGUCACCACCCUCCUACUUAUUCACAUUUAGUGGAUCCUCUAGAUGCUGAUGAUUGGCUGAAAAUUAUUAGUAAGAAGCUGGAUAUUACACAGUGUACUGAUUGUGAAAGGGUCUUGUACGCCUCAGGGCGUUUGGAGGGUUCUGCGGCCGAUUGGUGGGAUGCUUAUACAGUAGCACAAGCAGAUGCCAACACCAUCACCUGGGAGGAAUUCAGUAAUAGUUUUCGUGAACACCACAUUCCAGCAGGUGUGAUUAAGCUCAAACAGAAGGAAUUCUUGGCUCUGAAGCAGGGCAGUAUGUCAUUUAGUGAGUACAGGGACAAGUUAACACAAUUGUCUCGUUAUGCUCCUAAUGAUGUUGACACCGAUGCAAAGAGACAUGAUCGUUUUCUGGAUGGUUUGAUAGGGCCACUCAACUAUCAGCUGCAGAGUCACACCUUUCCUAACUUCCAGACAUUGCUAGAUAAAGCUAUAGGCUUGGAGAGCAAGCACAAGGAACUGGGCGAACAGAAGCGCAAGUUCCAGUCUCAGGGGUAG